GUUGUUUGGUGUGACGGGGAAUUGCGCAGCAUGCAGUAAACUGAUCCCCGCCUUCGAGAUGGUCAUGAAGGCGAAAGACAAUGUCUACCACCUGGACUGCUUCGCCUGUCAGCUGUGUAAUCAGAGGUUUUGUGUGGGGGACAAGUUUUUUCUGAAGAACAAUAUGAUUCUGUGCCAGACGGACUAUGAGGAGGGUCUGAUGAAGGAGGGCUACGUGGGGCAGGUGCGCUGAGAGGCCGGAUGGUGUAUAUAGCGACUGGGACUUCUUGUAGGGGAUGACCCCAUAACCCUCCGGACCCCGUACAGACUACGGAUCACAAUUAUCAUUUCCGGAGCCCCUCCCCCUUUCCUUUUGCUUGCGCCGGUUUGGUGGCUUUUGCUCGGCAUGAGACUGUACAUAAUGUAUUGUACGACACAAAGGGAAUACAGUUUUAUUGUGUUACCAUUUGUGUUGCUGUCGCUUCCUUUGUAAUUGUUGCAUUUAGUACAAUCAGUGUUUACAUGAUGGAUAUUUCUGCUUUCUGUAUCCGGCGGCCAUUUUACACGAGCUGGAACUUUCUAUAGUGAAGAAUUAAAGAGCAGAACCUGUUGAUAUAUAAAUAA